GAAGAAAAGAAGAGGUCCCAUUUCUCCUACGGUGGCCCGAAGGAGUUGCGAAGUCGGCCCGGGAGAAUUAUAUCAUUUCUGGGAUUCAAAGUCGUGAUGUCUUUCAAGAGGGAAGGAGACGAUUGGAGUCAGCUCAAUGUGCUCAAAAAACGAAGAGUUGGGGACUUGCUGGCCAGUUACAUCCCAGAAGAUGAAGCGCUGAUGCUACGGGAUGGACGCUUUGCUUGUGCGAUCUGUCCUCAUCGACCUGUACUGGACACACUGGCCAUGCUGACUGCCCACCGUGGAGGCAAAAAGCAUUUAUCUAGCCUCCAGCUUUUCUAUGGUAAGAAGCAGCCAGAAAAGGGAAUGGGACAAAAUCCAAGACCACAGAAUGACUUGAAGAAGGAAGAGACCAAACCUGAGGCUCCUCUGCUAACCCAGACUCGACUUAUCACGCAGAGUGCUUUGCACAGAGCUCCCCACUAUAAUAGUUGCUGCCGCCGGAAGCACAGACCGGAAGCCCCUGGUCCCUCUCUCUCCUGUUCCCCUUUGCCAGCCCGAGAUAUUGAGCUCCAGAGUGAGAAGAUCAGUAGGGAACCUGAGCCUGGGCCUUGCCCACAGGCUAAGGAGUUAGCAACUGCCUCAGACCCUGCACCCAUGAGCCCCACAAGAAGACGAGCUCUGGACCGUUAUCUCACCCUUCGAAGCUCUGGAUGGAUCCCAGAUGGAGACGGUCGAUGGAUAAAAGAUGAAAAUGUUGAGUUUGACUCAGAUGAGGAGGAACCCCCUGAUCUCCCCUUGGGCUGACAACUUCUUUCUACAUUUGUUUCACAAAUAAACUACAGUGGGCACUGGGAGCCCAAUUUUGCUCAA